AUGACCAAGCUCAUGGGCAGGGAUAAGAAAACCAUUCUUUUGCUUCUUCCUCCUUUUCUCUGCUGUCUACUGAGUACUACUAGCACAAGCUCCAGCACGGACCAAGAUAAUCUUUCCUGCUUGAGAAGUAUAAAAUCAUCUGUGGAGGACCCUUUUGGGUCCUUGAACACAUGGAAUUUUGAUAACAUUGGAAAUGGUGAUAUCUGUAUGCUUAAGGGAAUUACAUGCUGGUCAUACUAUACCACCAGUGUCCAAAGUAUCAAACUCCAAGGUCUUGGACUCAAGGGCAAAUUCCCUCAAGGGAUCAGAAACUGCACAAGCUUGACCACUUUGGAUCUUUCCAACAACAAUUUCUUUGGACCUAUACCAGCUAACAUCAACCAACUGAACCCAUAUGUAACAGACCUAAAUCUCUCCUACAACAAAUUCUCGGGUGAGAUUCCAUCAAGCAUGGCGAGUUGUGUACGCCUGAACCACCUUGUGCUCAACAAAAAUCAGUUAACAGGUCAGAUUCCUCCACAACUUGGUCAGCUUUAUUGGAUAAAGGAUCUUAAUGUUGCCAACAAUCGCUUGUCUGGGCCAGUUCCUACUUUUGUUAGUUAUUCUGCCCUGCCUGAGAGCUAUGCUAAUAAUAAGGGACUUUGUGGGGGACCUCUAAAAGCUUGUGAAGAGCAAGGGAAAGCUAAAGAUUCAUUCAAAAGCGGGUUUGCAGUUGGUUGGGCGGUCUCUGCUGUUUCAGUUACUGCAGUUUUUAUGUUCGUCUGUAUGCCCGGGGAACAUUUAAUCAAGAUGCUAGUGACAAGAGGGACAAACAAGAGAAGAGAAGCCCAUCAAGUGAUGUUGGUCACAAGGAGGAAAAUGAAGAAAAAGGAACCUCAUCAAAUGAGAAUAUUGCCAAUCAUAAAGAUUUCUAUGAUGGAGAAAUUCGCUGCCAGAAUGCCUUUGACAGAUCUCGCUGCUGCAACGAACAAUUUCAGUGCAGAGAACAUCAUUGGGUUUGGAAAGACAGGAACUAUGUACAAAGCAGCAGUCAUGAACGGCUGUUUGCCAGCAGUUAAGAGGUUCCUGGACUCCCAGCAAUUUGAGAAGCAGUUUAUAUAUGAGAUACUAAUCCUAGGGAGACUUAACUCAUCCCAACUUGAUACUGAGAAUAAGUGUCUGCAAUGCACUCUAAAGAAAGAUGUCUACAGCUUUGGAAUUGUGCUCCUUGAGAUGGUCACAGGGAAGAAACCUAACGAAGUUUCAGAUGCUUCUCAAAGGUUUGAUGGGACUUUAGUUGAUUGGAUCAACCAUCUUUUGACUACUUCUGGCCCCUAUGAUGCCAUUGAUAAAUCUUUAAUCGGACAAGGAUUUGAUUUUGAGAUCUUUGAGUUCCUUAAAGUUGCAUGUAGUUGCGUUAAGGCCUCUCCCCAUCAAAGGCCAACAAUGCUUGAAGUUGAUAAAAUUCUGAGAAAUACUGUAGGAAGACACCAAACUGGUGAUGAUUCUAAGCCAUGGACACAAAAUGAAUGUGGGACCUCUAACGAUAGAGAUGAGUAUACAGGGGUUGAAAUAAUGGAGGAAUGCAUUGAAAUUGUGCUAGUAGACAACUCAUUUUAUGACAUGUGGGUACCUUUGUAG